AUGCCAAUUAUAGGAUCAGGUGGUAUUUUACCAGGAGAAAGUUAUUUAUUGGGAUGGGGAUUUAUAUCAACAUUUAGUUCAGCAUUAAUAUUAUGGAGAACAACAUAUAAUCUCUUUUUUAAUAGAAAAAAAGUAAAAAAAGCAAGAGAAGCAAUUCAUAUUGUAAUGAGCUGUUUCAUGAUUUUGGUCUCAACAUCAUUUUUUAUAACAUCACAAUUAGUUGUAAAUGAUGGGCCACCAUUAAGUUUAAUUAAAGGUUUAGUUGGUAUUUUCAUUUUAUUAAAUUUCUUUAUUCCUCUUUUAAUUUUUUCAAUUUUAUCAUUAUUUUUAAAUUAUUGGAUUGGUAUUAGUACAGAUGUAAGAAUGAAUGGUAAAAUUUUUAAUAAGAAAACUUUAAUUCUUUAUGUUGGAUUCACAAGUCCAUUAGGUAUAAUUGCAUUAUUAAAUAUAAUUGCGUUAAAUAGAGUUUUCUCAUUUAAAGUUACAGAAUCAAUUUAUUUAUUAGCAUUUUAUGUACCAAAUGCAUUAUCAUUAUUAUUAUCAAUUAUUUUAAUUACUUCAAUUGUAAUGUUAUUAAAUAAUACAAGAAAAAUUGAUUCAACUCAUAAAUUUAAAACAAUUAGGUUAUUAUUAAAAUAUUUAAUUGUAUCAUUAACAAUUGGAUUAUUUAGUUUAUUAAAUAUUGUUGAUAAAGCAAAGUAUCAUUUUAUAUUACCUUAUGAAUUUCAUUUAGUAUUCUUAGUUAUAAUUUGUGAUUUAAUUGCAUUUGUAAUUAAUAAUGAUACAAGAUUUUUAGACCCAAUUUUAGAUUUAAUUGACAAACAUAUUAUAAAAUUAAAUAGAAGCAAUAGCUCAUCUUCAGGUGGUAGUGGUGAAAUUAAUAGUUCUGUAUCAUUGGGUAGUAUUAAUGCAUCACAAAAAUCACAUUCAAAAAAUAAAAAUUUAUCAUCAAGUUUAGAUAAUAAUGCAAUUUCAUUAAAUGAAAUUGUAAUUGAAAUACCAUUAUCCUCAUCACCAUCAAUUAAUAAUAGUACAAAUAGUAAUCUUGGUAGUAGUAGUAAUAAUAACAAUAAUAAUAUCUGUAUUAAUAAUAGUUCAAAUAAUAUUAAAAAUGGUGCAAAUUUAGAUCAAGAUAAAUAA